GGAAAGGAUGAAAGCAUGGUGCAGCUGCCUGGGGGGAAGUUUCGGAUGGGAUCCAGUUCCCUGGAGAAGAGGAAUGAAGGGGGGCCCGUCAGGGAGGUGAGGGUGAAGCCGUUUGCUAUCGACAAAUACCCCGUCACGAACAGGGAUUUCAGGGAGUUUGUUAGAGAAAAGAAAUACAAAACAGAAGCAGAAGCGUUUGGCUGGAGCUUUGUCUUUGAGGAUUUCGUAACCGAAGAGCUGAAAAAAAAAGUCACCCAAAAACUGGAGUCUGCCCCAUGGUGGCUGCCCAUCGAGAAGGCUUUUUGGCGACAGCCCUCGGGUCCUGGCUCCAGCAUAAAGGACAGGUUGGAUUACCCAGUGCUGCACGUGAGCUGGAACGACGCACAGGCGUUCUGCGCAUGGAAAGGGAAGAGGCUCCCGGCGGAGGAGGAGUGGGAAUUUGCUGCCAGGGGAGGACUGGAGCAAAGGGUGUAUCCCUGGGGAAACAAGUUUCAGCCAAACCGUACAAAUCUGUGGCAGGGUGACUUCCCAAGGGUUGACACCGCUGAAGACGGUUAUCACGGCGUCUCGCCAGUGACAGCGUUCCCUCCUCAGAACAACUUUGGGCUCUACGACCUGCUGGGAAACACCUGGGAGUGGACCGCGUCGGACUACCUGACUCCGGGGCUCUCAUCGAGGCAGAGCAUGCGGGUCCUGAGAGGUGCCUCGUGGAUUGACACUGCAGAUGGGUCUGCAAAUCAUAAAGCUCAUGUUACUACCAGAAUGGGGAACACGCCAGACUCGGCCUCCGACAACCUCAGCUUCCGCUGCGCUGCUGAUGUCCCGCCCGUCACAGCCGAGAAAAGCCGGACCAAACCUGAGCUCUGA